UAAGAUUUUUGAGCCUUCGGUACAGAUAAAAAUGUGGCAACACUGGCGCUGACAGAUCCGCCAUCGCAGGUAAACAGAAAACAAAAUACAUCAAGCUGCUUCUGUCUGUUACUAGUGUUUUUGCCCGAAAAAUGGACGCUUCCAAAGGUUCCCGCGUAACCGCCGAGAGUGGCUCGUUCUGUCGCCUGUGCCUUAAGACCGAUUCCAUCGAGGUGAUCGUUCAAUCCCCAGAGGAAGCAAACGAGUCACUUUUGAGCAUCAUCAGCGAGUGCCUCUCGAUAUGGUUAACGAUAACGGAGGACUUUCCGCUGGCCAUUUGCCACUCGUGCUCGAUGUCGUUGGAGGCAAUCCGCCAGUUUCGGUACAAUUGCCAGCAAUGUGAUUUCUAUCUGCGCAGUCAACGAUCGUCGGCCGCCAGUCACCAGCAACCUUCCGGGAUGGUGGAUUUGGAUUCCGCAGUAGAUCAAAAACCCAUCAUCGGCCACGGGCAGGUCGGUCCGACGGCGAUGGUCCAACAGGAAUCGUAUUCGAUUCAGGAAGUGGGAUAUGAGGAAUCGGUUAUUACUGCCGGUCCGAACUACGGUGGCCAAAUGACGGAACAGGUAGAAACGCCAACGACGCAGGGGGCGGCUGCUGCGGAUGUUAACAUAUCACUGAAGAAGUUCGACUGUCCGGAAUGUGGCAAGCAGUUGUACAGUUCCCGGAUGUUGGCGCAGCAUGUGGUUCGGGAGCAUAGGUUGUGUCACGGAUGCGAUAACUGCGGAAUGUCUUACAACAAUGAACAGAAGUUGCAUUCUCACAAGGAGAGCUGCUCGGGGCGGCCGUCGAAGUUUAUGUGCACUCAAUGUCCCAGCGCGAAGGUGUUCGCCACAGCCAUCAGUCUGUCGAUGCACCUGUACUAUGCCCAUGACAGUCUUGAAUCCGUGGUCUAUCGGUGCGAGGCUUGUAAGAAGAAUUUUAAAAAUCGAACCGGGCUGAAAUACCACUACAAUGCGCGCCACGGUUGUACGAUGGUCGAGUGCGAAAUCUGUCGCAGGCCAUUCCCCACGGAGGAGAGCCUGUACUAUCACAAGCAGGCGGACCACUAAAAGACUAUAGGAAAUCAUCCAGGCUAACAGUAUUGUACAAAUGUAUUUUGGCAGAAAAUUUUACCACAAAAUAAAAAGCAAACAUUUUUAUAUAA